AUGUGGGACCGGCUGCGGGGCAGUCGGGCGGCGGGCGGCGGCCGGAGCGCGGCCGCGAUGGCGCAACGCGACGAGAAGGUGCCGGCGGCGGCGGCGGGCGAGAGCGAGCCCGGGGCCGGGGCCGGGGCUGGGGCCGGGGAUGGGGCCGGAGCUGGGGCCGGGGCCGCGGCCGAGCGGGGACAGAGCGGGGCCGCCGCGCCCUUCCAGCCCCCCGAGGGCGGCUUCGGCUGGGUGGUGGUCUUCGCCGCCGCCUGGUGCAACGGCUCCAUCUUCGGCAUCCACAACUCCUUCGGGAUCCUCUACAUGAUGCUGCAGAGCGACCUGGGCGAAGGGGAGAAGGAUCCGGCGCUAGAGUUUAAAACAGCAUGGGUCGGCUCCCUGGCCAUGGGGAUGAUUUUUUUCUGCUCUCCCAUCGUCAGCAUCUUCACCGACCGCAUCGGCUGCAGGACCACGGCGGCCAUGGGCGCCACCAUCGCCUUCAUCGGGCUCCUCUCCAGCUCCUUCACCAAGUCCCUGGAGGUCCGUUAUUUCACAUAUGGGAUCCUCUUUGGCUGUGGCAGCUCCUUCGCCUUCCAGCCCUCGCUGGUCAUCCUCGGCCACUACUUCAAGCGCCGCCUGGGCCUGGCCAACGGCAUCGUGGCCGGGGGCAGCUGCCUCAUCUCCGUGCCGCUCCCCUUCUUCCUCAAGAUGGUUGGGGGUGCCAUCGGGCUGGCACACACUUUCCAAGUACUCAGUGCCUUAAUGCUCAUCCAGAUCUUCUUGUCCAUGACCUACCGGCCCAUCCUGACGCCUUCUUGUGACUCUCAGCAUGACGGGCAUGACAAGCUGGGCAGCCGGAGCAUGAGGCAGCAGUGCUGGGCCCAGACCCGCAAGUAUUUCAACCUGAGGGUUUUCCGGAGAAAGACCUAUAGGAUUUGGGCCUUUGGGAUCGCUACUGCUGUCCUGGGAUACCUCGUACCUUACAUGAACCUGGUCAAAUACGUGGAGAAACGAUUUCAGGAAACCAAAAAGGACUGGAUCCUCCUGGUUUGCCUCGGGGCCAUGUCGGGGCUGGGGCGCUUGGUUUCGGGCCGCAUUGGCGACUGCAUUCCCGGGCUGAAGAAGAUUUACCUGCAGGUUGCGUCCUUCAUGCUGUUGGGCCUCCUGUGCAUGAUGAUCCCCCAGUGCCGAGGCUUCGAGGGCGUCAUUGUCAUCUGCCUCUUCCUUGGCCUCUGUGAUGGCUUCUUCACCACCAUCAUGGCCCCCAUUGCCUUCGAGCUGGUGGGGCCCAUGCAGGCGUCCCAGGCCAUAGGGUACCUCAUGGGGCUGAUGGCCGUGCCCAUGACUGCAGGCACGCCCAUUGCAGGAUACCUCAACGAUUACUUUGGGAAUUACGACGCGGCCUUUUACUUUGCGGGGGUGCCGCCCAUCAUCGGCGGCCUGGUGCUCUCCGUGGUGCCGCUGGUCCACCAGAGGAUGCUGAAGAAGCAGCGCCUGGAUUCUGGCAAAGACAAGAUGCUGGUGUCGGAGGCCGUGGUGAACGGGGAGCUGCUGCCAGGCUGCCCAGCCUCCGAGGCACACAUGUGACACCACUCCUGGCUGUCCAGGACACCAGCAGCCUCUCCAUAGCCCCAGCACAGGCCCUUUCCCAGACGGACUGAAAUUCCCAGUGAUCGCAGAUGCACUAUGUUUGUAAAGGAGAAAACACAAACAUUUCUUCUAGUUAAAGGCUUUUAACUAGCAGAAAUGUUCUUCUUUUUUUUUUUUUUUUUUUUUUUUUGGGGACAAUUUUGAUUUCAAAGCCACCUUUUUUCUUUUCCCCUAACCAUUUUUGUAAGGAGAACUCUCACCAGGAUUCAAACUUGAUCGAGCUCCCGCUCCUCUCCCGGUUUUCUAUUCAUCACGACAGAGGUUUACAGCUAAUAAAUGCCUUUUCCAAGCAGGCCACGGAUGGAACUUGUUGAACCUUGCAGCUGUCCAUCCUCCUCCUCCUCCAGUGUCACUCGGGUGUCACAUCCAAGUGAGACAGCCCCCAUCCCGUCCAGCACCUGGGGCUGUUUUGGAGCCAGAGAUCUGAAGGAGGAAGCGCUGCUUUAGUCUGAUGCACAAAAACCAAAUAAAUGUCAGCGAGUCCCGCUUUCAUCUUCCUCUUUCCUCCUUUCCCGCUGCUCUCCCACACCCCCAGGGAGCUGCAGCUGGGAUGACAGGGAGCUCAGCUGGCUCCAGCCCUCGGAGUCACACGGGAGCACACCCUUCCUGCAAAAUAUGCCUUAAAAACGCGUGGAUGAGACCAGCAGGUCCCUUGGCCACUUUCCACCUCCAUUUUCCCACCCAACAAUUAAUGAUUGGGCUUUCGAGCUGCAAAAGAGAGGGGCAGCUCCUUGCACAGCCCUCAGUGCCCGGCUCUGUGGGGCCAAAUCCAUGGGAUCACCACCAAAAAGGGCACUUUGGUGGCUUUGGGGCACACAGGGUUGGGACAGAGCCCCCGUGUCAUGGAGCAGCUCCGUGCUGGGAGGUGGAUUCCCUGCUGGGCUCAGGGCAUGGGGUGCCUGUGCUGUUUUUGGGGGCCAGUUGUGUAUAUGCAGCAAUAAGCACGAGUCAGUAUUGGUGGGGAAUCCCAGUUUCCCAAAGGGUUUGACAGCCCCAGUAGCGUUUAACUUGUAGCCCGUGUGUUGUCACUGAGCUGGUGCAGGGUCAGUGCUGAUCUGGGGGGAGAGGGAGAGAGUGCAAGGAAAUCACACAGCCAGCGGGUGUCCACCACACUGAGUGGCAGCAGAGCUCAUCCCCAGCUCGGGCAGGAAUCCAUCACUGCCCACAGAAAAUGGUAGAAAUUCAAAUUGCCCAGAGAAGCUGUGACUGCCCCAUGCCUGGAAGUGUUCCAGGCCGGGUUGGGCAGGGCUGGGAGAAACCUGGGAUAGUGGAAGGUGUCCCUGCCUAUGGCAAGGGGCUGGAAUGAGAUGAGCUUGAAGGUCCAUUCUGACCCAAACCAUUCCAUGAUUCUAUGAUCAUCUCCAGGAUUGCUAAUGAACUUGGCUAAUGAGUGAGAAGGGAAGUUCUCCUGCCCUGGUGGGUCCCUGUGUGAACAAGGAGCCAGCUGGGACUGGGGUACCUUUUCCUGGGAGGGAGCAAGAAACAAAACUCACAUUCAUCCUGACUGCAAACCCAUCCUUCAUCAGAUUUUCAUUUUGUUCACCUGACAGUAAAAUCUCAGAUGUCUGAAGAGGGAUGUGUGUCAUGGGAAUCAUCCCUUGGUCUCCGGGCGAGCGUGGGGGUUUGUAGCACCAGGACAAGUCUUUGCUGUGGAAAUUCGGGCUCAGUGGAGGCCCCUCCCACAGGCAGCAGUGGGAUUUUUGUACAUAAUAGGCUCAGGACCCUGCAUGUCCCUCUGGCCCUGUUUUUAAUCCCUGUUGGCUGAUGCUUUGUAAGGUCUUGUGGUCUCGUGGCCCUUCUGUCCCCGUACGAGCUGGAAAAUUACCUGGUGUGUUGUGAUGUGUCUGUUUAUGAUAUAAAAUGAGAUGUCUACUUGUCUCUUUUUUGGAUACACUUUUCCAUGACUGUUCUCACCCUUCAUGGCCUGUGUUGCAUCCUCUGCUGUGGCUCUGCUGAGCCAUUACUGAGUUUUGGGAGCCAUGGGAGGCAGAUGAAGCUGCAGAAGGAGGCAAGGCUUGAACCACCUAACCCUGGCUCCAGCUGGGAUCUGCCAGACUUAGCCUAGGGCAGGGCAUUAAUGUGGGGCUUUUUGGGUGGGAGCCUUGGAAGUGGGGCAGUUUCAAAGCCCUCUGACAGCUGAAGGAAAUAAAAAGCUCCUCAUUGUAA